AGUGUAUCUAAGUGUUUACGUGAAUAGCAGAGAAAGAAAAAAAUAGCUCAUUGUAAAUAAGACAUGCUGAACAUACUAUGCCUUGCAAAAACUUAUAAAAGUAACCAGAAGAUCGUGAAGAUUUCAUUCUUGCGCUCUUCAUAUUGCACAACCGAUGCUUCUCUUGUCUAUACAAAAUCUUUGAAACAAAUCGACAAUUUUAUAAUGAAUAUGGAAACGAAAUGAUGAAAUCCAAUUUUCAUUUGCCAAUUAAAUACGAUAAUGCCAAAAAGCGAUAAAACGACAACGGUAUAUGGGUACAACUUUUUUCAUUUCAGUUGCCCUAAGUUGUGACAUUGCUUAUAGAUUUCCUAUCUAUGAAAUGGAGCAUUUAGAUCUUGCCGGCUAUCUUGACCACACGCCUCAAAGUUGGUACAGUCUGGGAACAUUUCAGGAGCAAGAUGCUGUUUACCUGUCUAGCUCGAGACAAAUGUUGGAACCCAUCUUGGAGGAGACCAGCGAGGAUGAGGAACGUGCCCGAAGUAGUUUGAUUGUAAGCAUAGAGCCGGUACUUUGGAGCUCUGCGGAGUCUGAAACUGGAUCAGUCUUACGCAUAGAAAUGAUUAAGGAUGUCGAUGCUGUUUCUGAGAGGGAUUUUGUCUGUCCACCCAAGCGACCAAGGCGCAGCCAUGACUUAAAUUCUAGCCAGAUAUCCGAGGAUAGCGUCCAAAUGCGCCGCCCUAUGUCUUACGAUACCGAGUACCACAAUAGCUUUGAACGCUUUCUGGCUUUAGAGGCAUGUGCUCGGGAUAGCUACGGAAGCCAGGGCCAACGAAGCAGUAUAGGCAGUAAGCGAGGGGUAACCUUCGAAGAUUUGUAUUCCGACAAGGACUCCUCCCACUCCCUAUCACGCAGCUCCUCCCUGGUACAGUUUGAGUCCUUGGAACGGCAACUCACGCUCCAGGAGCAGCAUCAGAGUAUGAGCAGUCUGGGCAACAGUUCGCCCUCGCUCACCUGCGAGUCUGGUGCGGCAACACGGACCAGGACCAGGGACAGCAGUCCAGAUAGCAGAAAGGGAUCGGCCCCGACGUUGUCCCUGUUAAAACGUUAUGAAUCCAGCGACCAUAGUCGUCUGCAUCAGACAUACUAUGAGCUGAACAAUCUCAAUUUUGAAUAUAAGGAGCAGGAGGAAUUCCUCUCCAAACGACUCCGAGAAGCGGAGCUAAAAUCUGAUGUGGAGAACUACUCCAGCUCUAGCUCGUCCAGCGAUAGCAGUGGUCACAGCCUUCUAAGCUCUUGUCUUGUUCCCGUAGAUGCUGUUGCAACAGAAAGGGGAAAACAGGACGGGGCUUCCUGCCGGCGAAUUCCCCCCAGCUCAGCUGAGAACCUGUCCGAAGACUCAGGCUACUGCGAGCCAAGAACGCUAAAGCAGGAAAAGUCUAGAUCCAUACCAAAGAAUUUCGACAAGCUUUGCGAGGAGGAGGAGGAGCUUCUGCUGCUGGAGGAGGGCGGCCCGCAUUCUCGCGACUUCAAAGACGGGCAUGAUUUGUGUCAGACCGAAAUAGAGCAGACUGCGGACACGGCUGCAUUAGCAUGCUCUCCGUCGUCUAUAAAUAGUUCCCCGGAGAGGGCCAGUUCCGAAUCGGAAUCGCCGCUGCCAUCGCCGACCGGAUCGGCAUCAACGUCGUCUGCUUCGUUCACUUGGCUGCACAACAGUUUGCCAGAUAUCCGCGAGCCACGAGGUCCGCUCUCUGUGGGAAUUAACAAUUCACAACUUAAGACAAACGGCAAAGCUCUGGCCACCACCAGCAAAAACAGUAGCAUCAACCGGAGCAGCAGUUCCGCCGAUAGCUGUGACGGUUUAUUGCUUCUCGGCCCCACCCAUUCACUCAACGAGCUCCAGCAGCUUGGACGGAGGCGACGCCCACGUCACAGUCACUCCAGCCAGAGGAACUGUCACAUCAACAGCUCCAGUGAGGAACUGGAGGGGCUGGACAACUUCUUAGAUGCCAGCCACAGCCUGCCAAGGAUUCGUCGCAGCUGCAGCUGGAACCAACGCGCUAGAAAAGUAGUGGGUGUGGCAAGUACCGGAUAUUUGAACGCCAGUUACCAAAACCUAACUCUAUUGAACUACGAGGAUAACCGGUUGCCAGCAGAGCUUCUUCAAAGGAACCACAAAAGAAGCUCAGCAGAAGAAAUGUCGAAACAAAGCAACAUUGCCUCCGAAAGCUACGAGCACAUGAUUUGUAAAGGAAAUUUUUUGCUGGAUGAGAUCAGCAAGGUAUAUGACAAAAAUGUGUCCAUACUGACGGAUAAGCAGGUGUUGGAGACCGAGCUCCCUGCGCCAGAGGAAUAUAAUUCAAAUGCGCCCAAUGAGAUUUUGAAGGUGCAGCACGUGCAGCUGAACAUAAAGCCACCACCGCGCCAGAAACGUUCAACUCAACAGCUGCCAGUCGCCAUGACUUUUAAUGGCCUUGCAAAAACAUUUGACCAGGAUCCCACUAAUUUGAGAACCUCGUACACACAGAGCCUAGAGCAGUGCCACCUUGACGAGCAAGAAACGAAAAAGACUGCUCCGUACCCACCGCCAGCCAUGUCACAAAGGUUCCUGCCCAAGCAGCGAUUCCAAACCCAAACGUCGACCGCCAAGCACAAAAGCCUGGUAAGUAGCACGCCCAAUCUCGCCGCCUGCGACGACGGGCGGCAGGAGUCCGAGUACGAUAUCUACGUGAGCAGCGCCCACGCCUCAAUGCACCAGUUGCCGCAGACACCAACGCACCCAAAGCCACUGGGAAUUCUGCUACCAACCGGAUCGCGCCAUUCCUUCGGAAAGGAGGUAAGCUUUUGCCCAGUGGUAAGUAAGUACUGUUGGCAGGAGCAGCAUUCCGAGGAGCCGGCCGAGGACCACUUCCACUCCAGCGAGGGCGAGCAGGCCAGCGACGACGAACUGAUGGACCCCACUUUGGUGAACAACACCAGAGAGAACGAAAACAUCGCUGCGCUCUUCGAGUCAGAGCAGCCGCAUCGUCUAAGAGAGCCGGCGAUCGCACAAAAGUUUACCGGUCUUCAUACCAAUCCGCUCUUAUCCGCUUCCACACACGCAGAGAAAAACUCAUCAAUUGAAGAGAGCGGCAAUGUCAAAAACAAAGCAAUCUUAGCCACACCCAAUUGCCGCGAUCGAAGAACCGAAGCUAAGACCACCCUAGAAACUGAGCCCGCUUUAAGCAGCACAGUCAGUCUAAAACCUUGUGCCGUUGCGAAGUCGUCUUCUCAAGGAGAAACUUUAAAAGAUGCUACUGAGGAACCUGCUUCAGCGACUGCACGACCUCUCAGCCUGCCAAUCCUCAGCGAGCCGCCCACCAACCGCGCGCACCACAUCUUGUACUCAUCCCAGCAACUGAAGUGCUACGAAUCGAAGGCGUCGCCGAUUAUCAAGAUGCCGUCGGCCAGCAAAGUAAGCUCGCAGGCCACUGCUGUCGGCAGGACGGACGACAAACAUCCAACCUCCAGGAGCCUCUUCUCCAGGUUCGCCCACGGACUGCGUUUUUCUUUACGUCGCAAAAAGAAGCAGCAGCAACAAGAGCCAUCGUGGGUCAAUGCGUCGCCCGGAAAGCAGUUCACGCAGAGCCCCGAGGACGGCCAAUCGGUCGACUUUGUGCACAUCCCUUUAAAGCCGCCAAAAAGUUCGCAAUCCGGCCGACUGGACGAUACUGUCGCUUCCGAGACGAGCAGUUGCAACGUGAACAGCUGGCACCAACAGGAACAGCUGGUCAAGACCUCAACUCUGCAAAGGGUGACUGGCAAGCCGCCACUGCCCAAAAUUCCACCACGCAGUGGCAUCCUGGCGCAUGCGCCUCAGGAAACAACCAGUGAAGCCGUCAAUCUCCAUCGUGCCGUGGCGUUGCCGAGCGUCGAACGAGAACAGUACAAUCAAUUUACCGGAGAGUUGAUGGCUAAUAACCAAGGAACGAGAAUGCGGGACACCGUGCUCAGCUCGCGGGCAGUAGUCGCCCAAGAGACACAAACGGUUAAUCGACUGGCCGGAUACGGCACCUCGACUAGGCCCACAGUGGUUACCGCAGUCCCGGUUUCUGUUGCUCCCGUCGAAGAUGUCGACAAGAUGGGUUUGAUCGAGACCAAUCUAGAUACUCAUGAAACGGUUAUUUCGGGAAAGACACGUUCUCUUAUGGAUAUAACUUGCAACCCACUUAGCAUGCCGCAGAAACGAUACAUCGUAAAGCGUCUAAAUGUAAACAGCGUUGCGUAUGACGUGGAUGAACUGGACGGAGAGGUUAAACUCUCGUCAGGUGGUGGAAUGGCAUCCGUACGCAGGCCGCACAAGAGUAUGGAAUUUCUGCUGGACAAGGAGAACCAGAAAAAUGUUUUGCCCCCUGAAAACGAACUGCAGAAAUCACAUGACCACAAUUCUGGCGCACUAAGCGAGCACCAACUGCGCGUUCAAGCGUCGCUUCAGCGGCUAAAUAUUCCCGACUGGUUCCGUCAUUACACCAAAGGCGCCGAAAAGGCAGCAGAUGGCGAAAACGCAUGCACAAGUGCGACUGGCGGUGGUUACCGACCUGGCAACUUCACCCGCAAACGCGCACAGGAAUCGGGGCGCUGGCAAGGGCUCAACUCAAAGACCACUUCCCUCAGCUCGCUGGGAUCGCAACGCUCCGACCGAAGUCCUUUGUUGAUGAGUCCCUCAGCGCACAGCCAUCACGGCGGCCAAAGCUCCUAUUCAUGUGGGUCGUCGACAGUUCACGGUCCAGCCCCUGUACAGAUAGGUAUGGGUGCCACUCGCUGGUCUACCUCGCAUCUAAAUUCCACUCAGAUGUCCCCCGGUGCCUCGCAGCGCGGAAGCUUUACGCGCGGCGCGCCCAUUAAUAGCAGCUUUAUGUCUGUGGCCAGUGGCAGCGGUUUGUUGCGCAAUUCCUACCGGCAGCCGUAUUUGGGUUGGCGCAGCACAGAGAAGCUCUCCCAGCGUACUCCCCACGAACGUCUGGCCAACUCGCUGCUAACCCAACGAGCAGCCAAUGAAACCCGCGCCUUACAUCCUGUAUCGACAGAGAUUCAAAGCUCCAUUAAGGAAGUCACAUCCGCCAUCGUUCACUUCGUGAACGACCAGCAGCAGUCCCAACAUCCGCACAGCCGUUCUACCAGUCCAAAUGCAAGGUGCUGGCUGGAAAGCAGCUUCGUUGGCACACGGACCCUGGACUCGCCACAGACACCCGUAAUGGACAACAAUUCUCCCGAAUUAGCACGAAAGCAACAGCGGCUCCAAGUGCAUCUGGAUGUUGGUCUGUCGCCUGUAGUCUCCGCUGAUCAGCUGCCACAUCGCAUGAACAAAAUAAAUCGUAUUGACAACGGUGGCGUACCAACAAGUAAUAUAGCGCCCGAACGGUCGUUAAGCAGCGCAUCGCUAGAAGAUGUCCUAGCCUCGCUAUUAGGACUGCCAACUACCUACUUAUCCGGCCAGAACAACAAUUCCUACAGCAGCUACACCCCCAAUUCGACGACAACAGCAGGCGCAGCAGUUCGGCAACAACUGGAGGUGCAAUCAGCCGCCGAGCAGCAGCGGCUCCGUCGUCGGAGUGAAGGCGACACCCCCUCGCAGGAAAAACGAUAUUCCAAGGACCAACCCCAUCAGUCCAACUCGCAUUCAGUUGAUACUGUAGAUAGUGCUGAGCCAAAUAUCCCCAAAGAGAGCCGGCGAGUCUCGCUGGGCGACUCCGCCUUCACAGCUACGCGCUCGGACAUAGGAAGCGGCGGACAGCUGCAACUCAUCGAGGAACCGAAGCCGGGCUUGGGAUCGGAACAACUAGUUCGCUGCCGCAACAGCAAAUGCGACCAGAGUACCUCUCCCAGCGAUGCAAAGAAGCUGUACAAGUCGUGCCACAAUUGUUCCCAUUUAUACUGUUCGCGAGAGUGUCGGCGGGCGCACUGGGAAAAGCAUCGAAAGGCGUGCCUGCACUCGCGUGCGUCUAACAUUUGUCGACAGGUGCUGGCCACGUGCAAGGAUGACCUUGACUCGCAUCGCCAUCUGAGUCUUUUGGCCCGCAAGGGCAGCCUGUCUCAGGGACGUGGCGUUGUGCGUGUGCUCUUUCGCAGUGCUGAGGCGGCGGAAGGAUUCAUUAAGAACGGGUUCCAGUGCAUGGGAGAGGCUUCGUACGUGCGCUGGCCGGACCUUAUGCCCGCCGAGAUGGGCCUAGAGCUAUACUCAGAACUUCUCAAGCUCAGCACGGAGUACAAGCCGGAAACCAAGAUGCUCAUUUACGUGGCAAUUUGCGUGGUUUCCGAGGCACCGGGCAUGGGGCAGGCUCCUGUGCGCUGGGAACGCCAACUGGUGAGUCGUUGUGCCAAACUGAAGCUCUGCAAGUCAGUUCUGGCCGAACUAGAGCAGCAUCAGGCGGCGAUCCUGCAACCGGCACCUGUUGGGGCAUUGCCGGAGCGGACGGAAAUCCUCAUUUUAACUUUCAAUCCCGGACAGCAAGGCAAUAGAUCGCUGAUCCUUUCAAACAUUCUGGACAUUUUGUCAAGGCGCGGCGUCAUGCUGAGCAAACACUAUCCGGAGGUCUUCGAGCGCCUGCAAACGUACUCUGAGGGACAAAGUGACAAGUUCAAUCCUGUGACAUUGCAUCCGCGUGACACGCAAUCUGGCCAAAACUUUGUAUGCAUCAUUAUGGCGGUGUACACUGACAAUGAGCAUACGAAGCUUCCCUCAGCAGCGGAUGGCGACAAUCGAGUUACUACCAUAGAUGUAGGAUCUCAUGCGGCCCUUAUGAAACUGGAGCUAGGCGAAGAUCCUAUUUUCAAAACCACAUCCAGAGAUAGUUGAUUAAGAGCGUUCAAAAAUCAAUCAAAAGAGCUUCGGAGGGAAAGCACUGGCAACAGUCACUCCUUUCAUUCCGAUCUGUUCAACGACACCUUGGGGUGUCCCAUAGAAAGCACCCGCAUGUAAGAUGCAUUAGACAUGUAAUACAAUUUUCCUGAUUAUAAUAACGCAGUGCUCGGAAAUACACUAUCUCUUUUUUCGUUUGUCUUAAAAAAGCUAAAAAAAAAAAGUAUUCUUUGGACCUGUUGGCACUAUGGCACUAUAAGCUUUGAAAUUACACACUCAUUUUAUGAGUGUGUCCGUCUGUAUCACGAAAACCAUGAAUACUAGAGAGGAUUCAACAUGCAUGUUCCAAUAUAGCCACGCCUAGUCUGCUUGGCAUACUAAAAGAUAUCGUAGUGUUAUUGGAAAUGUAAAUGCGGACCUACAUAUGUACAAGACGUAGGCUACAUCGUACACUAUGUAUAACAAAAAUGUAUUAGUUUCAUUAAA